AUGGCCUCGGAUGCUCUGCUGAAUAUCAUCCUCUAUACGGUAUACCAAGGAAAUGUCGAUACAUCUAUCGCCGAAGCUCUACUUUAUGAGAAUCGUUUACACUCAGUCGUGGACAGUUGGCAUGGCGACAAAGCUGGCGUGGUCGUUCGAGAGGGCAUGUGCUUCGCGAGCAAGUCUCCCGGCGGUGCCAAAAUAACGGUCGAGCAUAAUGUCGGCUGGUACAGGGAUGGCAUCAUAUUGUCCGAUUCGGCAUCGGAUACAAGAUUAUAUUGGAUCGACCCCUUCAAAGCAUGGGACUCGCCGCCGACUUUCUGGGGGGAUCUUGGCUGGCUUUGCAUAACGAUGUGGUCAUGUAGUGAUCCCGAGGAGAUUAAUCACGAGCAGGAAGCCCGCGAAAGGCAGAAGAUUGAAGCAUUUUUUCAUGAACGCGCGGAACUUCGUAGAAUCAACGGCAAUACGUGGGCACCUGAUGUGCGGUUCGAGAACUCCAACGGCGCCAGAUUCAAAGACACCUUUUGGAGAUACAGGCCGACCGAACCAUCGCAGCCGAGCUCCACGGCAAGUACAGCUCAGUUGGAGAGGAAGAGGCGUUUUGUGACACUUGAAUUGGAGAAAGCAGAGGUGGAAAGACAACUACUCGAGAAUGAGAAGAAGAAGAUCAAGCUGCGAAACGACCUGCUCCAGAUCGAAGCGGACAUUGAGCAAGCGGAAGCUUCAUGA